AUGAAGUCUUCACUCUUUAUCGCUUCCUCUCUCCUUGCACUACUCCCCUCUUGCAUUCAAGCAUUGGCCAUCCAAAGCUUUCCUGAAGAUGUGAGAUUCGGCGAGCCAACCUUUGUCGAGGGUAGAAACACCACCACGACAAAGCGUCAAGUCGCGGACCCCCCUGACAACUGUUGGGUUCAAGGCCUUGGUCAGGCAAGCUACUGGUUUCUCCCCGUCUACUCGGGCGACGAUGUGUAUGCCUGCAUCAUGGCCCGCAAGAGGAUGACAGGGUCGUCCUGGGUCUGUCCCAGAGAUGACUGGUGGCCAGACUCCUACGUUGAUGAGAUCGUCUCAGCAGGUCAAGAGCAGAUCUUCAAAGAAGGCAGCGGGGAAACCACCGAAAAAGGAGUUUUCAAGGCCCGGUUCGAAGGAACCACUCGCAAGAUUAAGGAUCCCGAGGGCAUGUCAACCUUGCUUGAUAUGCUGUUCCGAUAUAGUAUGCCCAACUGCGAUGCCAUUGGCAUUAAACAUAAAGAGUCCGAUUGCCGUGGAUGGUUUGGUAUUGGCGGUGACACCUACGCUUACUGCCCUGGAGAGAGUCACUGCCAAAAAGAUUAA